AUGGGUUCGGUCAUGCUUCGAAUUGCUCUUAAGUUACUCAUAAUUUUAUGGUUAAAGAAGCCUGGUUUUACUACAGCAAGCUCCGUUUGUUACGUCUUUCAUGGUGAGGAAGCAAUUGAUCCUAACCAGACGUUGGUCUAUCAAUCGCUAUGGUGUUAUCAGCAAAUAUACGACGCACAAGUCGGCAGGAAAGUAGAUUUACAGUUAUUGUUAAUACUUAGUGGCGAUGUUGAACUGUGCCCUGGCCCAGAAUGCGGGGAUUGCCUGAAUAUCAACCCAGAAUUAGAAUGUUUGAUCAAACAGAGGGGUUUGAAGUGUUUUCAUUUAAAUGUACGGGGUCUGUGGAGCAAUUUAUGUCAUGUUACUGAGCUUUUAACUGCACACACGGAUAUUGGUAUUUUCACGCUCAGUGAAACACAUAUACAAGACGAACCCGAUGAACUAUACGUUAUAAACGGCUAUUCAUUUAUUAGUCUUCCACGUUCUAAUGGUUUAGGAGGAGGUGUUGCGGUGUAUAUUUCUGAGCAAAUAAACUGGACGAGGAGAUAUGACUUGGAAUCUGAACUCGAAUGUAUUUG